AGUGGAGAGAGGAGACUUUUUCUUCCACAGGAAUGCGACGGUAGACUUAUCUUUUGGCGGAACAGCGACGUGGAACGCGAUCCGUGGAACGCGAUUCUUUUAUUCAGGUGAGAACUUCUACUUUUCAGACAAAUAAUCAUUCAAUCUUCCCCUCUCCUGACCGAGUGGCAUCUCGAAGUGGUCGUUGCUGUAAAAUUUCAGACAAAUAUUUGCACCCUCCUUUCCUAUGGCGUCACACAACUAACCUGCUGGGCAUCCCACAGCCGCCAUAUUUUAUCAGCCUCAUUUCAUCAACAUUUGCAGCUUACUUUGCUGCACUUUGCUGCUAUGGUGCUGUUGGUGCAACUCUCCCUUCUUCAUUUUCAUUUGCUGCUACUUUGGUAGCUUGAACACCACAACUCCUAUGGUUAGUUUCUAAUUAAGGUUGUUAACUUUCAAUUUUUUCUAUUUAAAUAUAUCAAUUUUAAACUUUUUUUAUUUAAAGAUUAAUUGGAUAAUGAUAUUAAUGUGACAAAUGAAUUUAUUAAUCGAAAUGUUGAAAGUUAGCAUUUCUUAAAUAAGAAAAACUGAAAGUUAAUAUUCUUAAAUAAAAAAUAUUGAAAUUUGGUAUCCUUAUUUAGAAAUUAAUAAAGUUAACAUCUUUAAAUAAAAAAUAUUGUAAAAUUAAUAUUCUUUUUGGCACCUUUACUCCUUAUCAUAGGGUUUUGCCAGGAAAAUUUACGUAUGGGUUCUGUAUUUGUUAUCGGUACGUUGGAAGGAUAAUUUUGAAAAAUCAAAUUACUAAUGUUGUGUAGAAUUCUUAAAAUGUUUGCUAACUAGAAACAAAUUUGAUGAGCGCUAUGUGCUCUGUUUGGGCAUACAAAAUUUUUUUUAAUCACUACUUACACCUCCAUUGAUCAUUAUAUAUUUUUAUUUAUUCUAGUUUUCUCUCUUUAUAUAUAUGCAUAUAUAUAUAUAUAUAUUAAACAUGUUUUAAGUUAAAAUUUAAAGGCACAACUUUUUACUAUUAUUCCAUUGAUACUUUUUUAGUUGCGUAACAUUACUUCAACUCUCAUUAAUUUUUAUUGUUUUUUGGUUUCCCGUCCGGUAUCCGGGUUUCGCCCCGACUAAUCCGGAUCGACCCGCGUCGCGCACCUGGAAAUGAUGGGUGAGUCUCCCAACGGAGGCUGCUGCAUUCAUAAGGUCUCGAACUUGAGACAUUAUUUAAGCUGGAACAAGCCGAUAUUGGGUUAAUUGGGGGAGGAGGGAAAGGAAUUUCGUGGGACUCAAACUAACAACCCACUAGAGUGCCUUGUGGAGAAGGAUCUCUCUCUUCCCCCCAAAAAAACCAAAGAUGCAGCUAUGCUCUUCAUGAAGGGCUUCCUGGGCAGCGUGGUUGCACAGAUCCCUCCUUUCCGGGCGGCCAAUACGAUGGUUUUUGACCGGUAUGACGAAAAACAGAGCUGGUACGGUUUUACACUAUUACCGCAUUUGUCUAGUAAUGAAGGGGGGCAAAAUCAGUUUGGCCUGGUGAAGGAGAGGAAGAUGGGUGGCGGAGCUGCCGAGAUCUGAGCAAAAUCAGGGACGAUCUGUUAUGCUUUGUUGCUUCUGUUUGGUCCGGUGAAGGAGAGGAAGAUCCGGUGAAGGAGAGGAAGAUGAGUGGCGGAGCUGUCGAGAUAUGAGCAAAAUCAGGGACGAUCUGUUAUGCUUUGUUGCUUCUGUUUGGUUCGGUGAAGGAGAGGAAGAUGAGUAGCGAGGAUGUGAGCUUUAUCAGGAGCUGUCAACGGAAGUGGAGCAAUGGUGAGCUGUCGACGAAGGUGCAGGGAAAUCGGGUUGCUUUGUUGCUUCUGUUCAGCGGUGGAGAUGACUAGAUGAGGCGGUGACUGGUGGUGAGAUCUUGACGGAAGUGGUGCAGAGAUCAGGUUGCUUUGUCAGAGGUGAUGAGGCGGUGAUUGGUGUGGUGAGAUGCCGGUGGAGUCAUGGCACGGAGAUGGAGCAGGGAUGAAGGAGAGGGAUGGCCGGUGGAUGAUAGGUCAGGAAAGCUCCCUCAAUCGCAAAGGGUAAAGUGGCGCCAAGACUCUUCUCUUCGCGAUGGCUUCCAAUCUCAUGUUGAUUUGGUAGGAGGAUACUAUAGUGGUGGUGACAACCUUAAAUCAAGCUUUGAAAUGGCAUAUUCAAUCACUAUGCUCUCUUGGAGUGUGCUAGAGUUUGGUAGCUACAUGGAACUGGAAUUGCAGUAUGCAAAAGAUGCCAUUCGGUGGGGGACUGAUUUCCUUCUCAAAGCAACAAACUCCUUUGGCUAUGUAUAUAUUCAAGUAGGAAACCAAAAUCACAGUGGGCAGAACUGCUGGCAGAGGCCUGAGGAUUUAGAUUACCCUAGACAACUUUACAACGUCAGCAAACAAUUUCCUGGAUCAGAUGUUACAGCUGAAAUUGCUUCUGCACUUGCUGCGUCGUCCAUGGUUUUUAAGCAUAUUGACCCUGCCUAUGCUGCAAAGCUCCUUGAAAGAUCUGAAAAGAUUUUUGAAUUUUCAGAUAAGAAUCGAGGUUCAUACAUUCGUGUGGGUCCAUGGGUGUGCCCCUCUGGUUGUUCAGCUGAAUAUGAGGACGAAUUAAUUUGGGCAGCAGCAUGGUUGUACAAUGCGACAAAGCUUGAAAAAUACCGGAACUACAUUUUUCAGAACAUGAGCAAACUGGAGGCCUAUUUUUCCAAUGGUAGCUUUUCAGAAUUCGGGUGGGAUAACAAACAUGCUGGUAUAAAUGUCCUCAUUUCUAAGUUGAACAUGACUGACACAGAGAGUUCUCACCUAUUUCUUUCCAAUGCCGAUAAGUUGGUGUGUUCAUUGUUGCCCAAUUCAGGGACCUCAAGUGCCUCCUUCUUACAAGGUGGGCUUCUUUUCAAACAAGGGGGAAGUAGCCUAGAACAUGCCACAGCUCUAUCAUUCCUUCUACUGGUCUAUGGGCGCACUUUGGGUCAAGCCAGGAGACAAGUUUAUUGUGGGGAGACGAUCGUUAAUCCUGAAAUGCUAACAGAGUUCGCGAGAAGUCAGGUGGAUUACAUUCUAGGAAACAAUCCGUUGGGCAUGUCGUUCAUGGUUGGAUAUGGGAACAAAUACCCACAGAGAAUACGCCAUAAAGGAUCUUCACUGCCAUCCAAGUCUAUACACCCAAAGCGAAUUGAUUGCAAGGAAGGAUUAUCUUAUUACAACAGCUCAGAUCCCAAUCAGAAUUUGCUAAUUGGAGCUGUGGUUGGAGGACCUGAUAUUAACGGUGUUUAUGAUGAUUCUAGGAAAUCAGUGCACUCGGAGCCAAAAAUGUAUAUUAAUGCUCCACUUGUGGGUGUUCUCGCAUACUUAAAGUCAGCCCAUUAAAAUUUUGUAAAUGUACAAAAAUACAAUGGAAAUAAAUAAAGCUCUGUCUAACCUACUUUUGCCGGUUAGUACAGAUUAAAAGUGUAAUAAAUGUUUUUUUUGUUU